AUGGCUGGCUCGUCCUCGGGCCGUGCUCGCCGUCGACUUGUUCAACCUCACUCGACUCAUCAAACUGCCCGUGCCGUCGUCAACGUCCAAAGCCAACGCAAGCACAACGUCCACCUCGACGCCAGCAACGACACCCGUCGGGACGCCAUGAAGUUGGCGUCCGCCCGCUCGGCGCAAACGAGUGGAAGCCUCGUUGCGCGAACGCGCGCCGACGAAGGCGACGCUGCUGAUUUUGAGCCGGCUCGAAAGACGACGAUGACGACGACGAUGACGAUGGGCCAGCAACACCGCCGCGACAACUCGGACGUCUCCGUCUCGUCCUUGUCAGCCUCCUCGGUCCACUCAUCGUCCUCGCCCCCGAGAAAACCCCCCCCUGCGCGUCCGAAGCCGGCGCCUGCACUCGAACUAUCGCACGAAUCCACAUAUGCCACCUCCCCCCCGCGGCUGCCGCGCACCUCAUCGUUGCUGCCCCCGCGCGUUGUUGCGGAUGCCACAUCCACGGCUGGCACGGCAUCCACCUCUCACUCCUCAGCCAGACCGUCCAUAUACGCCUAUACGACCGGCUCCCGCCACUCCUCAAAAUCGUCUGUCGAUCAUGCCGAACCUCCCAACAACCGAACCCCUCACGUGAAUCAUUUACACCAAUUUUUGCCCCUGCCGGUGCUAGAUGAAGGCUCCGACGGUCGACACUCGAGCCUCGAGGUUCUGCCCGGUGGGGACGCGAGUGAUCGUGACACCUCGGGCCCGUCGCCCGAUCCCCUGCGCCCGGACACGUCCGAUUUCCGACUCAAGAUGGCAUUCGACGACGAAACCAACGUUUACCAGAACCGAAGCCACUCCAGGAACCGAAGCGGCCAGGGGAGCCUCGACUCGACUCGGUCCAGGGGAUCGAAGCCCCCUUCGCAAAAGGCCAUGCUCUCGCGCGCCUUGCAGGAAGCCAACACGGCCGUCCAGCUAGACAACGCCCACAAUUUCGAAGGUGCGCGCCUCGCCUACAGCGAAGCUUGCGAACUGUUGCAACAGGUGCUGCAGAAAACCCAGGGCGAUGAGGAUAAACGGAAACUCGAGGCAAUCCAUCAAACGUAUGCCAGUAGAAUACUGGAAUUGAAUCAAAUGAAGCCCUGGCUCUUCGACGGCGACAAGGCCCUGCCGGCACGCCCAGCAGGCCUAGACUUGACGCCAACCUACGACCCCGAAGCGGACGGGGCGGAACCCAUCAGCCAUGCUGCCGAGGAUAACCAACACGCAGAAUCGCACCGGACAGACUCAUCAGCGCAAAACCGACUGAGUAGGGGACCUUGGAGAGACGGCUCGCGAGAGCAUGUACACCCUAUUAGCAGCCAUCAUAACGGUCCGCUCCGCUCCGCCUUUUCUAGCCCCCCAGCACGUCUGCAAUCGAAGGAGGAGGGGAGCGGGAGGCAGGGUGACAGAAUCCACAUGCCACCGCCGCCGCCGCCGCCGCCGGCCACGGCAGCCGCUGUCCGGCCCCUGUCGCCGUCCAAACCCCAGCCUGAUGGUGCGAACGAGGUUCAGCGAGAACGAUCCUUCACCUCCGGAUCGGCCUCCUGGAGCGAGUCGAUGGAUGCCGGCGGCCACCUGAGAGACAACAGCCAAAACUCUUGGUUGGACCCCAUUGACGAAUCCGCCGGUUCGAGUGCUUCCUCCGUCCAUUCACGGACUUCGUCUUUGCGCUAUCGGAGGAAACACCUUCGCGCCGUCAGUGAGAACGAGUUUGAUACGGCCCUCGAUGCCGCCAUCGAGGCUGCGUAUGAUGAUGGGUAUGAACCCAUGGGUCUUGGCAGCCCCGAGCAAGGGGACCGGCGCGACGAAGGCGUGGACGAUGGUGCGCCUCAUCGGGUGGACAUGGCUCGAGAACGAACCCAGCAGCCGGCCCCCAAUGUCUACGAGGGCGACAUGCGGCAUCCUCACCCUGGCAUCGCUGGGGACAUCUCUGAAGGAUUCUACGACGAUAACUCGUCCGACGAGGAAGAACGCCUACUUGAGGAAAUGACGCGCGGCUAUGGCAUGGACGACUUCGGCAGGCCCCAAGACCAUGGCUUCUCCAUCCCGCCACCAGAGGCCUUGCAGCCUGUCCCCGAUCCGCCACCAAGGCAAAGGCCGCCACCUGUUGCCGACGGCGGCUCUCCCCCGCUGGGGACCGAUCCCAAGAACGUCCAUCCGUCCGCUCCGCCGCCGACUCAUUCGCUUCCGGAGCUACCUGGCCAGCGGCCACCACCGCCACAGACGGUCCGAAGUCGCCGACUGUCGGGGCAAAACCCGAAGCAACUCAAGAUCGAAACAUCGACACUCCGCCCGCCGCCUGCCGCCACAGCAGAGGCGGCCGACUCCCGGUCGCGUUCUGCGUCUACUGCCGAGAGGCAGCCGGCCAUCGAAGCGCCAGCUGUCACCGCCGCCGCUCUCGUCACGGCCAAACGGGUGAUAUCUCCAAAAAAUGAGGCAGCCAUCGGCGAGCCGGCACCCGUUGAGUUCCGUCGAAGCAGCCGCGAUCAAGCUGCUGGUGCCGGUGCAGCCGUUGCUGCUGUUGGUGCUGCCGCUGCCGCCGUUGGUGCCUCUGCCGUUGUGGCGACUGGUGACGAAAGGCGGCCCAGCUCUCCGAAACAGCCUUAUCUGCGCAAGAAUUUCUCCUCCUCUAGCCUCAGAAGCCGGAACAUGUCGCAGUCAAACGCCGAGGAAGGGUUUGAAGUGUCGCCCGGUACGCCCUCGAGCAGCGCGCACUACUCGAGCCUGCGAACACCUAUCGUGACCGUCUUGCCGAUGCCGCCCGGGCCGCCGGUUCGCGAGAACGUGGACGGGUCCGCCACUGGCGGCCUGCACUUGUUCGAGGAUAGCUUUCACAUGCCCCAGACGCCAGGCUCGCCGAACCCGCUGUCGUUUGAUGCGCCCGUGUCCCUCGAAGCCUGCCCGAACGAAUACAUGCUGCGGCCGUUCUGGCUCAUGCGGUGCCUGUACCAGACCUUGGUCCACCCCCGGGGCGGUUACCUCAGCACCAAGCUCUUCGUGCCGCGGGAUGCCUGGAAGGUCAAAGGUGCCAAGCUCAAGAACCUUGAGGACAAGAUCUCCAACUGUGACCUGCUCACCGCCGCGCUGCUCAAGCUGGCCAAGGUCGACACCUGCGACGCCGAUGCCGUCUUGGACGAGAUGCAGGCGCUCGAAGGCGUGCUGGAGCAGGUUCAAUCGGUGCUGACGCGCAAGCUCGGGAACGAGGUCGGCGUCCACAGUUCGUCCAUUCUCUUCAAGGAGGCGUCCAAUGUUGUGGAGGAGGGAGGGCCGUCGAGCCUGCCACGCACGUCAAGCGUCUCGACCAAGUCGUCCUUUUCCUGGAGACGACUGCGGCCGAAGAACUCGGGAUUGGGGUUGGGCGGAGCGUACAACAGCAAGAUGUCGGGCUCGGAAGGCGGCAAGGAUCUGGUCACGCUGCCGACGCUCCCAAUGACGGCGCAGCCGACCAGUCGUCCUGCCAGAAGGGACGUCGGACAGGCGCAAUUUGCGGGCCCCAACGCCCACUACAUGGGAUCCCUUGCGCGCCUGUUUGACGCGGCCCAGGCAAUUGAUCAAAUCGCGCGCCAAGUCGACGAUCCGGGGCUCCGGCAUGCUGACAAGACGCAGGUUGGACUGGAGCUUUGUACCCGACACGCGGCCGAGUUCUUUGGCUUUUACAUCUGCCGCUUCGUCCUCGCUGAUCUGAGCAUGCUGAUGGAUAAGUUCAUCAAGCGCGGAAGCGAAUGGGUGCUGGGGUGA